AGAAGAAGAAGAAGAACUGAUUGUGUGUGCUGAAUUUUGACUAGAUUCACUCAUCAUGAUGAAGCUGAUCCUGUCUCUCACUCUCUUCUGGACUCUCUCUAGCACAGCUGAAGCUGUUGAGUGUUGGCUCGGUGAAGGGGUUGACACAAGCAGAAACUUCUUAUUUCCAUGUGACACUUCUCAGCUGUGUGCAACUAUUGGCCUGCAAGAAAAUGUGACCGGGAUUCUCCAGCAGACCACCUUGAGGUUGUGUUUGCCGACCGCCCUUUUCAGUGAGGGAAAGUUCACCUAUUCUUACAAUAUAGGUGUGUCAGAUGUGGCUGCUUCUCUCCUCCUCUGCAACACAGACCAAUGCAAUGGUCAACCCAUAGCGUACCCUGGUGCUCAGCCAAAAAACAACCUGCAGUGUUUCACCUGUGACGAUCGAUCCUCUACUACGUGCACCAGUAAAGUACAGUGUGCUGGAACGGAGGACCGCUGCGUUAGUGGAACUGCGGAGGAUAACGAGGGCUCGUUUCCUGUCUAUGGAUGUGCUACUGCAAAACUGUGUGAAAUUGCUGCGCGCUUGGAUCUCCUGCCCGUUCCGGUUCCUAUUGACUUUCCUCGUCCACCAAAUUGUUGUGGAAGCAACUUAUGUAACAAGCGUGGUCUGUCAAAGAACAAAGGGAAACUAACAAAUUAGGAAAGUAGCUGUGUAAUGUGUGUAAGUAGACCAAAUACAUUGAUCAUCUUUUCAUUGAUUUACACAGUGAGAUUCAUCCUGUCCACAAAAUGACUGAGCAACCAGUGAAUCUUGAACUUUAAACUAUUUUGAUUGAAAUUCUGAAAUAUUUGGUUUUAUGUAGACUAUAAUUUUGCACAAAUUACCUCAAACACAACCGCUGUUGUACAUGUUUAUUUCAUUAUUUCUUUCCUGGAAAGACGA